UAAGAAAACCUACUGCACAAUGAUGGAGCUCAUCUCUCAUCUGACAGCGGAGCAUGUUAAUCUGUCAGGACAAUCCAGUUACGUUUGUUUGUGGGAAGACUGUUCUCGUCAAAGGAAUCCAUUCAAGGCCAAGUACAAACUGAUCAAUCACCUAAGAGUGCACACGGGAGAAAAGCCCUUUCAGUGCUCCUUCGGAUGUGGAAGAGCAUUUGCACGGGCGGAAAACCUGAAAAUUCAUGAAAGGACGCAUACAGGUGAAAAACCUUUCAGAUGCCCUUUUGAGGCCUGUGAAAGGCGUUUUGCAAACAGCAGUGAUAAACAAAAGCACAUACGUGUCCAUGUACCGGAGAAGCAAUAUAUGUGCACACACUGCAAUAAAUCAUAUUCUCAUGCGAGCUCCCUCAGAAAACACGCAAAGGUCCACCUGCCGGUCGUGGAACCUACUCAGAACUACAAUUAUGACAGCAGCUAUAAAGAUCCAAGCCUUUUUCAAAUAAUAUUUUAAUGUGUGCCCUAGUGUAAAAUUUAGCAUUUGUUUUUCAUUACCAUUUUGGUUAGAAAUCAAAUCAAGAGUAUCAACAUGUGAGAAUGGUGCUCCACAACUCUAAACUAUGAACAUAAUUAUAAAGGUUGUAUAAUGGAAUAGUUUACACAAGAAAAACUAUGGAGUUACUUAUUAUGCAGCAAUUAAUUUAAAUGCUAUUAUUUAAUGAUAGCCAUGUUAGUGGAUCUUGUAAGCUGCAUGUCAAAACUGUUACAGCAUGAUGUGAGAUACAGACAUAUAUACUGUAAUUUUAACUGUGCAAUUUUUUAAACACGCUACGGAAAAAAAACUGUUAAUAGGUUUAACAGUAAGUUCCUGUACUAUAUACAGGGAAAAACUGUAAGAGAUCUAACCAGACAUUUCAUGUCAUUUUACAGUAAAAUGCUGUUAAUUGUACAGUUUUUAGAAGUAAAAAAUAACAAAUCAAUGUAUAAUUUAGUCAAAAACUGUAAACUGAUAUUCCCAGAAUUCCCUGCAUGAC